AUGCCAUCCACCAUUACAACAGUAUGUUACAUUACUGACCGACAAGAAUUCACCACAAGCAAAGCCCUUACUAUUGUUAAAGCUGCUGGAGUAAUGCGCCUUAGAACUAGUGUCUCUCCCUUAAACAUUCUUUUAGUUGGUUUCUAUUCUCAAAACGAUGAUACCCCAGAUCAAACCCUAGCAACUUUUUCACCUAAAGAUGUUCUUUUGGUAACUGGCAAAUUUCGGUUUGUUGAAAACUUAGAUGACGGAGAAAAAAAAUUUCCUGUCUUAAAAAUUGUUUUGCACCACGUCAUUCAAUUGACUAUCGAUCCGACCGAUUUGCCUGCAUUUCCCUUAUUAAUCAACAUAACUGCUAUUGUAGUUGAACCCUCACAAAGUGAAUCUAAUGAUGAUGAUAUUUCAUUAGUUGUGGAAACCAGAGACUUUAUGGACCAAGACCAUACUGUUCUUAAACUAGAAUGUUAUCAUCUAAAAUCAGCGCAACACCUUAUUCCUACUACCACUUCUGCAAAAAAAGGAUCAACUCUUUUCAUAAAUGGAGAACUCUUAAUUGAUGAUGACUAUACUUUUAUUGUUCAUCUUCGUA